AUGGCGGAAGAGAAGCGUCACAACAAGUACCGCCGCGACAAGCCCUGGGAUGAUGAGACCGUCGACCAUUGGAAAAUUGAGCCCUUCCCAGAGGAAGACAACAAACCUCCGCUGCUGGAAGAGAGCUCCUUCGCCACUCUGUUCCCCAAAUAUCGGGAGAAGUACCUGCAGUCCGUUUGGGGCGAUGUAAAGCGUGCGCUGGCUGCGUACCACAUCAAGUGCGAGCUGGACCUCGUGGAGGGUUCUAUGACCGUGUUCACGACCCGUAAAACAUGGGACCCUUACAUCAUCAUCAAGGCGCGCGACAUGAUCAAGCUGCUUGCUCGCAGCGUGCCAUUUCCACAGGCCAAGCGCAUCCUCGAGGACGGCGUCUUCUGCGACAUAGUGAAGAUUGGGGGUAUUCUUCGGAAUAAGGAGAAGUUCGUGAAGCGUCGCCAGAGGCUGGUUGGCCCCGGUGGCUCCACGCUCAAGGCUCUCGAGCUUCUGACGCAGUGCUACAUUUUGACCCAGGGCCAGACGGUGUCUAUCAUCGGUUCCAUAAAAGGCAUCAAGAUCGCACGCAGAAUCGUAGAAGACUGUAUGAGAAACGUGCACCCCGUCUACCAUAUAAAGGAACUGAUGAUAAAGCGCGAGCUCGAGAAGGAUGAAACGCUGAAAAACGAAAACUGGGAGCGUUUUUUGCCUCAGUUCAAGAAGCGCACGGUGAAGCGCAAGAAGGUGAAGAUAGUCAAGAAGAAGUCCACCGGGCUGCUGCUUCCGGAACAGACACCGCGCAAAGAGGAUCUGUUACUGGAAUCCGGUGAGUACUUCAUGUUGGAGGAGGAGCGGCAGCGGCGGAAGCAGCUCGAGAAGCUGGAAACACAGCGCUCGAAGGGCGCGGAGAAGCGUAGGCGGAAGGCCGAGGCUUACGACCCCGAACAUAAUAAGAUCGCAACCCCUUCCGAGGAGAAGGUGCGCGAGGCUCCGGAAUCCGAGGAGCCCAUUGUCGCGCUACAUAAGGGCGCCAAGAAAAAGAAAGCAUCGGCAUUCAUCUAA